CGGCGCGGGGCAUGCCGGGGAGCGGCGCGCGGCCCGGGAGCGGCGAGCAGAAUUGGAGCACCUUGGAAUACAUGCAGGUACCAGAUUCUGCACUGGCUAAAGCUGUAGAAAGCCAUGGCUUCUGCCCCUCAGCUCAACUCGGAUGCACUCCGAGAGGUCCUGGAGUGCCCCAUUUGCAUGGAGUCCUUUACUGAGGAGCACCUGAGACCCAAGCUCUUACACUGUGGGCACACCAUCUGCAAACAGUGCUUGGAGAAGCUCCUAGCAACCAGCAUUAACGGGAUACGCUGCCCUUUCUGCAGCAAAAUCACUCGGAUCAAAACCUUAGCUCAGCUUACUGACAAUCUUACUGUACUGAAGAUCAUAGACACCACAGGGCUGGGGGAAGUGGUUGGUCUCCUCAUGUGCAAAGUCUGUGGGAGAAGGUUGCCAAGACACUUUUGCAAGAGUUGUGGCUUGGUUUUAUGUGAGCCGUGCAAGGAGACAUCGCACAUGCCCCAAGGGCAUAAUGUCAUUGCUAUCAAAGAGGCUGCUGAAGAGCGUAGGAGGGAAUUUGGGACAAGGCUUGCCAGACUUCGGGAGCUCAUGGAUGAUCUGCAGAAAAGAAAAGCAUCUCUGGAAAGUGUUUCUAGUGAUCUGCAAUCUAGAUACAGAGCAGUUCUGCAAGAUUACAGCAAAGAAGAGCGCAAGAUCCAAGAAGAACUGGCCAGGUCACGCAAGUUCUUCACCACUUCUUUGUCUGAAGUGGAGAAGGUAAAUAAUCAGGUAAUGGAGGAACAAGCUUAUCUGCUGAACUUAGCAGAAGUGCAGAUAUUGUCUCGCUGUGAUUAUUUCCUUGCCAAAAUAAAGCAAGGAGAUAUAGCUCUCUUGGAGGAUGCAGCAGACGAGGAAGAACCAGAACUGACAAACAAUCUCCCAGGAGAGCUGAUACUUCACGAGGUUGAACUCCUCAAAGUGAGCCAUGUGGGACCACUGCAGAUUGGGCAGGUGGUGAAGAAACCCCGGACUGUUAACUUGGAAGAAUCGCUUAUGGAAACUGCAGCAUCCUCAUCGGCAUCAUUUAGAGAGCCUGACUUGGUGCAAGAAGAAGCCAGCUGCACGCCAAAUUCCUCCCCAGCCAAGCCGAGGAUGCCCGAAGCAGCUGCAAGCAUCCAGCACUGUUACUUCAUCAAGAAGAUGGGCUCCAAGGGAAGCCUGCCAGGGAUGUUCAAUCUGCCCGUCAGUCUGUAUGUCACUCUCCAAGGAGAGGUGCUUGUGGCAGACCGAGGCAAUUUUCGAAUCCAGGUUUUCACCCGCAAGGGCUUCCUGAAGGAGAUCCGCCGGAGCCCUAGCGGAAUCGAUAGCUUUGUACUGAGCUUCCUUGGAGCAGACUUGCCCAAUUUGACUCCCCUUUCUGUCACCAUGAAUUGCCAUGGCCUGAUAGGUGUGACCGACAGCUACGAUAACUCUGUCAAGGUGUACACCAUGGAUGGCCACUGUGUGGCAUGUCACAGGAGCCAGCUAAGCAAGCCCUGGGGCAUCGCAGCUCUGCCCUCUGGGCAGUUUGUGGUGACUGAUGUGGAAGGAGGGAAGCUGUGGUGCUUCACUGUGGACCGUGGCGUGGGGGUGGUGAAGUACACCUGCUUGUGUAGUGCAGUGCGCCCCAAGUUUGUCACCUGUGAUGCUGAAGGGACCAUAUACUUCACUCAGGGGCUGGGGCUCAACUUGGAAAACCGGCAGUACGAACACCACUUAGAAGGAGGCUUUUCAAUCGGCUCUGUUGGCCCAGACGGGCAGCUGGGACGCCAGAUUAGCCAUUUCUUCUCUGAGAAUGAGGAUUUCAGGUGCAUUGCUGGGAUGUGUGUAGAUGCCAGGGGAGACCUCAUCGUUGCUGACAGCAGCCGUAAAGAAAUCCUACAUUUUCCUAAAGGAGGAGGCUAUAAUAUCUUAAUCCGGGAAGGACUCACCUGCCCGGUUGGUAUUGCCAUUACUCCCAAAGGGCAGCUGUUGGUGCUGGACUGUUGGGAUCAUUGCAUUAAGAUCUACAGUUACCAUCUGAGAAGAUAUUCCACACCUUAAAGGCAUUUCUCUGGGGAAAGCCCCUGUCUUUAGCAGCCGUUCUUCCAGCCUCACUGCAAUCUGACAGGAACCAGUGUCAAACACUGAAAAACUGCACCACAGCCCAACGGGGUUUGGCAUGGAGGCCAUCACGUUUUUUGUUCAGGAACAAAAUAACUAACGUGGUGGUGGUCUGCAUUUUCUCUUUUCGAAUCUGUACAAUAGAAAAGAAGAGCACGAAGGAAGAGAUCCUUCUGGAAUAUUGGUUUUUUGCUAAAUGACCAGUCGCUCCUUAACCCUUCUCACCUCCUUAUUCUGCAUUGACGACGUCUUCAACCACUGUACCUUUCUUUGUGCCAUAAACACUGACUGACUGCCCUAAAUCACCUUCCUUUAGGGGACUAGAGAGGCAAUCCUCUCUCGCCAUGGUACUCGUGAGGAACUCAGUAGCAGUUGUCUGGG